ACGCACGCAAUGGCUGCCGGCGGACCCCCCGUUCGCCCGAUCUACCGCUACCUGGCCACGGGCCUGGGUGCAUCAAUGUGGUUCUGGAUUUUCUAUCGUGCAAAGAAAGACGGGCCCGUUCUUCUCGGCUGGAAGCAUCCUUGGGAACACUAA